UUAACCUAGUUUUAGCCUUUUCGAAUUUCCCGGUGCUAGCAUAUGUGACGCCGUAACAUGACGCGGAACUAGCUAUCGGGUCACCGAGUUUCAGGUCCAUCACGAUGACGAGGUCACUGUCAGUUUGGGCCGCUGCACUUCUCUGCUCCCUCCACCUGAUAAAUUUUCAGGUCACGUCGACAAAUGACUUCAUCUGUCCCAAUGGAUGGGAGCUGCGAGGAACCCACUGCUACAAAUUCUUCAACAUCAGGCACUCGUGGGAGAAAGCUGCAGAGAUCUGCAGGAGGUAUGGCAGCGAACUUACGGUCAUAGAAACCUAUGGUGAAAGCAACAUCUCCAAUGCGAUAACCAAUCGCCACUCGAGCUCCUAUUGGCUAGGUCUUGUAUCAUUGGAUGACCUGAGAACCAACACUCUUGAGUCUGCAGCUGGAAUGCUCGUAUCUCAAUAUGCAGGUUUUUGGGCACCGAAGCAACCAAACCCUCGGAGUGGAGAAUGCGUCAGUGUAGUUGCACAGGACAUAAGGCAGCCAUCUUGGCAACUCACCACCUGCGAAUCGCUUCUGCCUUUCGUGUGUCGUUCGAACGCAUGCCCAACAGGAUCUUUCCACUGCUCAAACGGGAAGUGCAUAAACGGGAUCUUCAAGUGCGACAAGCAGGACGAUUGUGGCGAUGCAUCCGACGAAUUGGAUUGUCCUGCCAAUUGUCAAUUUUACAUGGCAAGCAGUGGCGACGUCAUCGAGAGUCCGAAUUAUCCCCACAAGUACACGCCUCUAAAUAAUUGCAAGUGGACCCUGGAAGGACCUCAAGGCCACAGCAUCCUCCUGCAGUUUCAAGAUUUCGAGACGGAGAAGAGCUUCGACGUCGUCCAGAUUUUAACGGGAGGACGGACAGAAGAGAAGUCCACCAGUCUCGUCACCUUGUCCGGAAAGCAAGACUUGAGCACCAAAUUAUUCGUCUCUGCUUCGAACUUUAUGAUCGUCAAAUUCAGCACCGAUGGCUCGGUGGAGAGGAAAGGGUUCCGGGCUUCCUGGAAAACGGAACCGCAAGCUUGUGGCGGCAAUUUUUCAGCAACUCCACAAUUUCAAACGCUGACAUCACCUGGAUAUCCGCAGAAUUAUCCCGGAGGAUUGGAAUGUCUGUACAUUCUCCAAGCUCAGCCCGGACGAAUUAUAUCCUUGGAGAUAGAGGACCUCGAGCUGGAGCUGAGUCACGAUUACAUGCUGAUACGAGAUGGAGACUCUCCAAUGAGUCGGCCGAUAGCUCGUUUAACGGGUAAACGAGAGCAGAAUCCGAAAGUCAUUAUUUCCACGGGUAGCCAGCUGUAUCUCUACUUCAAGACCAACUUGAGCAACCUGAGGCGUGGCUUCAGCAUCCGCUACACGCAAGGCUGCAAAGCGACCAUUGUUGCCAGCAAUGGGACCAUACAGUCGCCGGCUUAUGGGCUGAGCAAUUAUCCAAACAACCAGGAGUGCUUCUACAAGAUCAAAAACAUCCGAGGCGGUCCGCUCUCCUUAAAAUUCACGAAUUUCAACGUCCACGAGACCGACAUCGUCCAAGUGUUCGACGGUUUGAACACGAAUGGGCUGCGUUUGCACGCGAAAAAUGGCUUCACAUCAAAUGUUCGACCAAAAAUCACUCUCACUGCCGAAAGUGGCGAGAUGCUCAUCCGCUUCCUCUCCGACGCACUUCACAGCAGCACCGGAUGGCAAGCAACAUUUUCUGCGGACUGUCCACCUUUGAAGCCUGGAGAGGGAGCACUUGCCUCCAACAGAGACACAGCCUUCGGAACGGCCGUCGUGUUCUCCUGUCCUUUGGGCCAGGAAUUUGCCACGGGCACGUCGAAAAUUAGCGCCGAGUGCCUGCCAGGUGGAAACUGGUCGGUGACGUACAUCCCGAAAUGCCAGGAGGUGUACUGCGGUCCUGUGCCGCAAAUAGAUAAUGGGUUCUCGAUAGGCUCCACCAACGUCACUUACCAAGGCCUGGCGACCUAUCAAUGCUACGCCGGUUUCGCCUUUCCAUCCGGAAGACCCACCGAAAAAAUCUCCUGCUUGGCCAACGGAAGAUGGGAGAAGAAGCCAUCUUGCCUGGCCUCCCAAUGUGCGCCACUUCCCGAUGUGCCUAAUUCGAACGUAACGAUUCUGAAUGGCGGAGGCCGAAGUUAUGGAACCAUCGUUAGGUUCGAGUGCGACCCUGGAUACAUCAGAAAUGGACGACCGGUGGUUCUUUGCAUGAGCAACGGCAGCUGGUCCGACAACGUACCAACGUGUUCGCGCGCCCAGUGUCCGGUUUUGCCGACGAUAAAGAACGGUUUCCUGGUGGACGGCCGCCGGCAGUACUUCUUCGGGGACGACGCCACUGUUCAAUGUAAUCGCGGUUACAAGCUGACGGGUCCCAACGUUAUCCAAUGCGGUCCUCAGCAGAAAUUCGAAAAUGUCCCCUCCUGCGAAGACGUUAACGAGUGCGCCACGAAUCAGUGUGACCUGGCCUCGACGGAAUGCAUCAACACGCCGGGAUCGUUUAUUUGCAAAUGCAAAUCAGGCUUCGCCCCCACCACGGAAUGCCGAUCGAUAAGCGACCUGGGACUGAUCAACGGUGGUGUCCCCGACGAAUCCAUCACGGUUUCCAGUUCUGAAAAGGGAUAUUCAAAAACCGGCGUCCGUCUGGGCAAGGACGAAGGCUGGUGCGGCAACAGCCUAGAGCCAGGAGCAAACUGGAUCCUGAUCGAUCUGAAGGGCCCCUCGAUCAUCCACGGAUUCCGCACACAGAGUGUGAGAAGAAAUGACGAAAACAACGCCUUCACCUCUGCGGUCCGAAUCCAGUACACCAACGACUUGACGGACACCUUCAAGGACUACGCGAAUCCUGACGGAACACCCGUCGAAUUUCGAAUCCUGGAGCCCUCCCUGUCGAUCCUGAACUUCCCGGUGACGGUGGAGGCCAGGUAUAUCAGAUUCCGCAUCCAGGACUACGUUGGUGCGCCCUGCAUGAGGCUGGAGAUCAUGGGAUGCACUCGCUUCGAGUGCAACGACAUCAACGAGUGCGCGGUCAAGAAUGGAGGCUGCCACCAGAAGUGUACCAACAAUCCUGGCAGUUACACUUGCUCCUGUAACCCAGGUUACGAGCUGUACAAAGGCAACGGCACUGCCGGAUUCUAUGUCGAGAAGUCGGAAACCGGCGACAGGGAUGGCGACGUCUAUCAGAGGAACAAGACUUGCGUGCCCGUCAUGUGUCCUGCGGUGGAUGCGCCGGAGAAUGGGAAAAUCUUGUCCACAAAGGAAGAAUUCCAUUUCGGAGACACGAUAAGAUUCCAGUGCAACUUUGGAUACGUCCUCUCAGGGUCGUCCACCAUACUCUGCACAUCAUCUGGAGUGUGGAACGGUACCACGCCGACCUGUCAACAUGCGAAGUGCGUUUCCCUGCCCGACGACAAGAACGAAGGACUCUCGGUGAUCCGGAGCAACGUUGCCAGCGUGCUGAUCCCCUUCCGGGAGAACGUCACCCUGAAGUGCAUCAACAACGGCCGGUCUCUCCGGAACACCAUCACUGCAGGGUUCAGGGAAUGCGUAUACGACCCGAAGCCAGGUUUGCCAAACUACUGGCUAUCAGGAUCCAUCCCGGGAUGUCCUCGUGUCGACUGUGGGAAGCCCUUACCGACUCCUGGGGCCGAAUAUGGCAAGUACCUGGACACCAAGUACCAGUCGUCCUUCUUCUUCGGGUGCCAGGACACUUUCAAACUCGCCGGCCAAACGAAUCACAACGAUAACGUGGUGAGGUGCCAAGCGAAUGGAGCCUGGGACUUCGGAGACCUGAGAUGCGAAGGUCCGGUAUGCGAGGAUCCUGGCAGACCCAGCGAUGGAUACCAAGAAGCCCACAGUUACGAGCAGGGGUCAGAAGUUGCAUUUGGCUGCAGCAGACCAGGCUACAUCUCCAUCAACCCACGGCCGAUAGUUUGCCUUCGGGAACCCGAAUGCAAGGUCGUAAAGCCACUCGGAAUCGCUUCCGGCCGAAUCCCCGACUCCGCCAUCAACGCCACCUCCGAGAGGCCUAACUACGAAUCUAGGAACGUCAGACUGAACUCCGUGACCGGUUGGUGCGGCAAGCAGGAAGCCUUCACCUACGUCAGCGUGGACCUGGGCCAGGUCUUCAGGAUCAAGGCCAUCCUAGUCAAGGGGGUUAUCACCAACGACAUCGUCGGCCGACCCACCGAGAUCAGGUUCUUCUAUAAGCAAGUCGAGAGCGAGAACUACGUCGUUUACUUCCCUAACUUCAAUCUGACCAUGAGGGACCCGGGCAAUUAUGGAGAGCUGGCCAUGAUCACUCUGCCUAAGUACGUCCAGGCCAGGUUCGUCAUCCUGGGCAUCGUCAGUUACAUCGAUAACGCGUGCCUGAAGUUCGAGCUGAUGGGGUGCGAGGAGCCGGAGGUGGAGCCUCUACUGGGAUAUGAUUAUGGGUUCUCCCCGUGCGUGGACAACGAGCCGCCGAUCUUCCAGAACUGUCCCCAGAAACCCAUUGUGGUGCAGAAGAACGCCGAUGGAGGAAUCUUGCCCGUCAACUUCACCGAACCCACUGCUGUAGACAACAGUGGCAGCAUCGCGAGACUGGAAGUCAAGCCGCAAAGCUUCAGGACUCCGAUUCACGUAUUUGAAGAUAUGGUGGUCAAAUACAUCGCAUACGACUAUGACGGAAACGUUGCCAUCUGCGAGAUCAACAUCACGGUUCCAGAUAUAACCCCUCCUCAGCUCAGCUGCCCUCAGAGCUACGUGAUCGAGCUGGUGGACAAGCAGAAGAACUAUAACAUCAACUUCAACGAAACCUACCGACUCGUCAACGCCAGUGACGCCUCUGGCCCUGUUAAAAUCAGCUUCGUGCCCGAACACGCGGUCAUUCCCAUCGGGAACUUCGAAAACGUCACCGUGUAUGCCACGGACUCUUCAGGGAAUAAAGCCACCUGCCACUUCCAAGUUUCGGUCCAGGCUACGCCUUGCACGGACUGGGAGCUGAAGCCUCCUGCUAAUGGCGAGCUGCGUUGUUCACCUGGCGACAAGGGACUCCAAUGCAUUGCCACCUGCGGAACAGGAUUCAGGUUCACGAAUGGCGUCUCCGUGAAGACCUUCACCUGCGGGAACAACAGGAGGUGGCAUCCUACGUCCAUCGUUCCUGACUGCGUCUCUGAAAACACUCAGCAAGCGGACUAUCACGUAGUUCCUUCGAUCACGUACCGUGCCAACGGAGCCGUAACCAGGGCCUGCCUGUCGCAGUAUCAGGAUCUGAUGGCCCAACACUAUACGAACCUGAACAGCGUCUUGACGCACCGCUGUUCCGCCGUCAACGUCGACAUGAACGUCACGUUCCUGCGAUCCCUUCCAUCCCUCUUCGACGACAACGUUCUGAAGAUGGACUUCGUCCUGGCAAUCAUCCCUGCCGUACGUCAGCCGCAACUGUACGACUUCUGUGGCACGACUCUCAGCUUGAUUUUCGACCUGUCCGUCCCAUAUGCCAGUGCAGUGAUAGAACCUCUGCUCAACGUAUCCGCUAUCGGGAACCAAUGUCCUCCGCUUCGUGCCCUGAAAUCCGCCAUCACCAGAGGGUUCACUUGCAGCGUCGGUGAGGUGCUCAACAUGGACACGAACGACGUUCCACGGUGCCUGUACUGUCCAGCUGGAACCUUCGCCGGAGAGAACCAGAAGCAGUGCACCAAUUGUCCAAAGGGCUACUACCAAAACAGCGUUCGCCAGAAGUCUUGUCUGCGUUGUCCAGCAGGAACGUACACCAAGGAAGAGGGCUCCAAGGGCAUAGAGGAGUGCGUUCCGGUUUGCGGAUACGGCACGUACUCCCCAACUGGUCUGGUUCCUUGCCUGGAGUGUCCGAGGAAUAGCUAUAGCGGGGAACCUCCCAUCGAGGGGUACAAAGACUGCCAAACCUGUCCAGCCGGUACAUUUACCUUCCAACCCGCUGCCCCAGGGAAAGAGCAGUGUAGAUUGAGAUGUUCUCCGGGCAUGUACUCCGACACCGGUCUGGCACCUUGUUCCCAGUGUCCAAAGAAUUUCUACCAACCCCAGCAUGGAGCCGUGACGUGCUUGGAGUGCCCAACCAACACUUACACCGACAGAGCCGGCGCAAUUGGCAGAGAGGAGUGCAAAAGCGUCCAGUGUGUUGACAGUCCCUGUCAACAUGGCGGUUUAUGCGUGCCAUUGGGUCACGAUGUGCAAUGCUUUUGCCCGGCUGGAUUCUCUGGACGACAUUGCGAGGUCGACGUUGACGAGUGCGCCUCCGAGCCCUGCUACAACGGGGCCACUUGCAUCGACCUUCCUCAGGGGUACAGAUGCCAGUGUGCCAAUGGAUAUUCCGGCAUCAACUGUCAGGAGGAGAAGUCCGACUGCAGAAACGGCACCUGUCCGGAACGAGCCAUGUGCAAGGACGAGCCUGGAUUCAACAAUUACACGUGCCUCUGCAGAUCCGGGUACACUGGAGUCAACUGCGACGUCAUGAUAAACCCGUGCACCGCCAGCAACAACCCCUGCAGCAAUGGCGCCUCCUGCAUAGCUCUUCAACAGGGUCGAUUUAAAUGCGAGUGUCUCCCAGGCUGGGAGGGCCAGAACUGCGAAAUCAACACCGACGACUGCGCCGAGAGGCCUUGCCUGCUCGGGGCCAACUGCACGGACCUGGUUGCAGACUUCAGCUGCAACUGUCCGCCAGGAUUUACCGGAAAACGGUGCCAGGAUAAGAUAGACCUCUGUUCCGGAAACCCUUGUCUGAACGGAAUCUGCGUGGACAACCUCUUCACCCACGAGUGCAUCUGCAAUCCCGGGUGGACGGGUUCCGCUUGCGAGACCAACAUCAACGAGUGCACCGCCAAGCCUUGUCAGAACAACGGCCAGUGCACCGAUGACGUCAACGGCUAUGUGUGUACCUGCGAGCCAGGCUUCACGGGGAAACAAUGCCAGCACACCAUCGACUUCUGCAAAUCUCAGCCCUGCCAGAACGGAGCCACUUGUCUGAACCAGGCGGACGGUUUCACCUGCAAGUGCAGACCAGGGUUCGUAGGGUUGCAGUGCGAGGUCGAAAUCGACGAGUGUCUCAGCGACCCCUGCAGUGCCGCCGGCACCGACCAGUGCGUAGACCUGGACAACAAAUUUGUCUGCCUGUGUCGGGAAGGAUACACCGGGGGCAUCUGCGAGGUCAACAUCGACGAGUGCGUCUCCAACCCCUGCCUGAACGGAGCGACUUGCAGAGACGAAGUCAAUGGGUUUAAGUGUGUCUGCCCAGAAGGCUGGACGGGAACCCAUUGCGAGAACGACAUCGGCAUGUGCCAGAAUCGACCCUGUCAGAAUGACGCCAACUGUAUAGAUUUGUUCCAGGAUUACUUCUGCGUGUGUCCGUCCGGCACCGAUGGGAAGCAGUGCGAGACUGCACCGGAACGGUGCAUCGGUAAUCCCUGCAUGCACAACGGCCGGUGUCAAGACUUCGGGUCAGGUCUCAACUGCACCUGCCCGGGUGACUAUACGGGAAUUGGAUGCCAGUACGAGUACGACGCCUGUCAAGCUGACAUCUGCCAAAACGGAGCGACCUGCAUCGACCAUGGAGCAGGGUUCACUUGCGUCUGUCCAGAAGGAUACACUGGCAAGACCUGCGAAGACGACAUCAUCGACUGCCAGGAGAAUUCCUGUCCUCCGUCCGCCACCUGCAUCGACCUGACCGGAACGUUCAUCUGCCAAUGUCCGUUUAAUCUGACUGGCGAUGACUGCAGAAAAUCCAUCCAGGUGGAUUACGACCUGCGCUUCAGCGAUCCAACACUCAGCAGUGUGAUGUUGACUACACCCUUUUUCACCGGAGUGACCAAAAGCCUGACAGUCGCAAUGUGGGUGCAGUACACCCAAAAGGACGAGGCAGGAAUUUUCUUCACGCUCUACAGUGUCAGUUCCGCUCACACUCCCAUGAACCCCAGACCGAUGAUCCAGGCUCACAGUAACGGCGUGCAGGUGUCGUUAUUUGCGGACGUGCAGGACGUCUACCUUCCGUUCAAGGAGUACGCAACGAUCAACGAUGGCCAAUGGCAUCACGUCGCCAUUGUCUGGAACGGCGAGAACAGCGGUGAACUGACGCUGAUCACGGAAGGCCUGAUCGCCAGCAAGACCGAAGGAUAUGGAAGUGGAAGAGUCCUUCCAAGCCAUGCCUGGGUGGUGUUAGGCAAGCCCAACAGUGAGAACUCCAAUGGCUACUCCGAGAUAGGCUUCCAAGGACACUUGACCAAGGUGCAGAUCUGGAACCGGGCUCUUCAUAUAACGAAUGAAAUUCAAAAACAGGUCAGAGACUGUCGCACCGAGCCCAUCCUUUACCAGAAGCUCAUCCUGACGUGGGCGGGCUACGACAAAACCGUUGGAGGUGUCGAAAGGAUCGUUCCUUCUCACUGUGGUCAAAGAGUCUGUCCUCCGGGUUACGGAGGCACCAAGUGCCAGCAACUGGAGUCCGAUAAAGUCCCGCCGAAGGUCGAGUACUGCCCUGGCGAUUUGUGGAUCAUCGCCAAGAACGGCUCCUCCAUCGUCUCUUGGGACGAACCCAUAUUCACAGACAACAUUGGCAUCGCUAAGGUACACGAAAUCAGCAGCCACAAGUCCGGGCAGACUCUGCUCUGGGGGACCUACGACAUCGUCUACAUCGCUCAUGAUCUGGCUGGGAACUUUGCCAGCUGCAACUUCAAGGUCUUCGUCUUGCCCGAUUUUUGCCCCGAAUUACCGGAUCCCCUGGGAGGAACGCAGCAGUGCAAGGACUGGGGUUCCGGUGGCCAGUUCAAAGUCUGCGAGAUCUCCUGCAACCCUGGAUUGCGAUUCUCUCAACCAGUUCCCAAAUUCUACACGUGUGGGGCUGAAGGCUUCUGGAGACCGUCGAACGAUCCGGGCCGGCCGCUUGUCUAUCCUGCGUGCACUCGAGCGACUCCGGCCCAACGCGUCUUCAAGAUCGACAUGAACUUCCCGACCUCCGUACUCUGCAACGAAGCUGGUCAAAGUGUGUUGAAGCAGAAGGUCCGCAAUGCAGUCAACUCCUUGAACAGGGAUUGGAACAUAUGUUCCUACUUCUUCGAAGGUACGCGCGAAUGCAAGAAUCUGACCAUCGACGUCCAAUGCAAUCAUCACGUCCGAAUGAGCAGAGAGAUCAGCGAAGAGAAAGCACGACCCGCAGUUUCGGCCGCUCUCGUGGAUGCAAACAGACAACCACGCCAGAACAGCGACACGUACGAGGUGAAGAUCGCCUUCCCAGCGAUGAACGAUCCCGUCAUGAACAUUAAUUCGAACGAUCGCUCGGACGUGCACAAUUUACUGGAGAGGUUGAUCCUAGAGGAGGACCAAUUCGACGUGCACGACAUCUUACCAAACACGGUGGCGGAUCCAGCGUCUUUGACCCUGAAGUCGGAUUACGCCUGCCAGCUGGGUCAAGUAGUAAUGGCACCCGAGUGCGUUCCAUGCUCAAUUGGCACGUUUUAUGACGACACCUCGAAGACGUGCAAGCUGUGUCCAGUUGGUACCUACCAGAGCGAGUCCGGCCAGCUUAGCUGCAGCUCCUGUCCUGUGAUAGCUGGACGUCCAAGCGUGACGAUUGGACCGGGAGCUCGCAGCGCAGCCGACUGCAAGGAGAAGUGUCCAGCUGGGAAAUACUAUGACGAAGGCGACGGUCUUUGCCGCAGUUGUGGAUACGGCUUCUACCAACAGAACGAGGGUAGCUUCUCAUGUUCGCUCUGUGGUUUGGGCAAGACGACCAGGACUCCGGAAGCAGUCUCCCACGAGGAGUGCAGGGACGAGUGCGGAUCCGGACAGCAGCUGGGCGUCGAAGGGAAGUGCGAGCUCUGUCCCAGAGGCACUUAUCGCACCCAGGGGGUUCAAGCUUCCUGCCAAGCUUGCCCUCUAGGAAGGACCACUGCUGACAUCGGAUCGACGGGGGUCGAAGAGUGCUCCUUCCCUGUGUGCGUUCCAGGCACCUACCUCAAUGGAACACUGAAUAAGUGCCUGGACUGCAAGAAAGGAACUUACCAGUCCGAACCCCAGCAAACUUCUUGCAUCUCUUGUCCACCCAACACUAGCACCAAGGGACCGGCUGCGACGAGCAGAGACGCCUGCACUAAUCCCUGCGAGAUGAACAACGACGACAUGCAGUGCGACGUGAACGCCUACUGUCUCCUCAUACCUGAAACCAGUGACUUCAAAUGCGAGUGCAAACCAGGCUUCAACGGCACCGGGGCUGUGUGCACCGAUAUGUGCAAAGGCUACUGCGAUAACGAGGGACUUUGCUUGAAGGAUUCUCGCGGACAGCCAUCUUGCAGGUGCAGCGGAAGCUUCACCGGCAAACACUGCACGGAGAAGUCGGAAUUCUUCUACAUUACUGGUGGCAUUGCUGGUGGCGUGAUCCUCGUAAUUAUAGUUGUCCUCCUAGUCUGGAUGAUCUGCGUCAGGUCAUCUCGCAAGAAGGAACCGAAGAAAGUAUUUACGCCAGCUACCGACCAGAACGGGUCACAAGUCAACUUCUAUUAUGGUGCUCCUACUCCCUAUGCAGAAUCUAUUGCGCCUUCUCAUCACAGUACUUACGCACAUUAUUACGACGAUGAGGAAGACGGUUGGGAGAUGCCUAACUUUUACAACGAGACGUACAUGAAAGAAAGUCUUCACAAUGGCGGGAAGAUGAACAGCCUUGCUCGCUCUAAUGCGAGUAUCUACGGCACGAAGGACGACCUCUACGACAGAUUAAAGCGUCACGCUUAUUCUGGAAAGAAAGAUAAAAGCGACAGUGAUAGUGAAUGCCAAUGACUGUACUGAAGAAUGAGAAAUCAAAUCUUACGCGUGGACUGCCAACCGGAACAAUCUACGAAAAAAUAUAUAUAUAAAUAUAUAUAUACAGAGCAAUUCUGUUAAAUAUGACGCACGUUAA